AUGUCAGGAUCCAAGAAAAUGAUACUACGGGUGCAGUCAGCAGAAGGUACCACACGCGUUGAGAUGUCCGACACGGAUGUGACGGCACAGUUAUUUGAACGUGUGUACGAGAGCCUCCACCUGAACACAUUCGCAUUUGUAUUACACAAGGACAGACAACGCAAAGAAGAGAUCACGUCUAGCAAGUCUCGCCGUCUCCGCGAUUAUGGCCUACAGCACGGUGACAUGUUAUAUCUCAGCCCUGUCAACGGUGCAGUGUUAUUUGAUCAACCUUCUACGAGUGGUCAGGUACAUGAAAACAACAAGCCAUUUGGAGAACCGGUAGAGGCAGGUCCUUCAACAUCUGGCUCAGAGAUACCUCCAGUUGCUACAAGCAUAGCUGCUCGCCCAAUUGCAGUGGAAGAGGAUGAGGUGGACCUGCAACUAUCUCGCAUGUCUGGUAGUAUUCAGAGACAGAGGGAUGAGAAACUAUGCAGACACAAUUCGAAAGGUUGCUGCGUGCACUGCUCCCCGCUGGAGCCCUGGGACGAGGGAUAUCUAAAAGAACACAACAUAAAGCAUAUGUCAUUUCAUGCUUAUUUGCGCAAAAUUACGUCAGGCAACUUCAUCUCACUAGAUGAACUGUCCUGCAAAAUUAAACCAGGCUGUUCGGAGCAUCCACCGUGGCCCCGCGGCAUCUGCUCCAAGUGCCAGCCGGGCGCCGUGACGCUGAACCGGCAGCCGUACCGGCACGUGGACAACGUGCUGUUCGAGCACCCCGCCAUCGUGGAGCGCUUCCUGGCGUACUGGCGCGCCACGGGCCACCAGCGCGUCGGCUUCCUCUACGGCCGCUACGAACGCCACCCCGACGUGCCGCUCGGCAUCCGCGCGCGCGUCGCCGCCAUCUACGAGCCGCCGCAGUCGUCGGCGCGCGACUGCGUCAGUCUGUCGAGCGACCCGCGCGCGCCGCUGCUGCAGGAGCUGGCGGCGCGGCUGGGCCUGCGCCCCGUGGGCUGGAUCUUCACAGACCUGCUGCCGCUCGACGUGGCCACCGGCACCGUCAAGCACAUCCGGGGCGUGGACACUCACUUCCUGUCGGCGCAGGAGUGCAUCAUGGCGGGCCACUACCAGAACUUGCACCCCAACGCGUGCCGCCACGCCUCCUCCGGCUACUUCGGCUCCAAGUUCGUAACAGUGUGCGUCACAGGCGACAGUAACCUGCAGGUGCACCUGGAGGGCUACCAGGUGUCGGGGCAGUGCCAGGCGCUGGUGCGGGACGGCAUCCUGCUGCCGACGCGCGACGCGCCCGACCUCGGCUACAUCCGCGACUCGUCCGACAAGCAGUACGUGCCCGACGUCUACUACAAGGAGCGAGACGCGUACGGCAACGAGGUGGGCGUGUCGGCCAAGCGAGUGCCCGUGGCGUACUUGCUGGUGGACGUGCCGUGCGGCGUGGCGGCGGCCGCCGAGCCCACGUUCUGGCCGCGCGCCACGUUCCCGCCCGCCAACCGGCCGCUGCAGCACCACCUGCAGACGCUGCGCGCGCUGCAGGCGCAGCUGCAGGCCGCCGACUGCACGCUGGAGGCGCUGGCCGACCUGCACGCGCUGCUGUACCUGGCCACCAACGAGGCGCUGCCGCUGAGCCCGGCGGCGCUGCAGCCGCUGCUGGCGGCGGUGGCGGCGCGCGACGCGGCGGCGGCGGAGGCGUGGCGCGCGGCGCCGGCGGCGGGCACGCUGCUGCAGCUGGCGCGCGCGGCGGCGGACGAGCCGGCGGCGGGCGGCGCGGCGCCGGCCGUGUGGACGUGUCCGCUCUGCACCUUCCACAACGCGGCGCACGCGGACGCCUGCGAGAUGUGCGCCAUGCCCAGAAGCAACGCGAUGUAA